GACACGCACCGCCCCUGCUACCCCGCGAGGCGCGCCACCCAGCCUCUUUUUUCGGCCGCCUGCCCCUCCAGUCCCAGCCCUACGCUGCGGCCUCUCUGGCCCGGGCCUGAGGUCCGGCUCCAGUCCUCCUCCCGCGUGCUUCCGCCGCCGAUGGCUUGGACCCUCCGGGGCUGGCACUGGUGGGGCGCGCCCUUGGCCAGGCUCUGGGAAGGGCGGGGUGAGUUGUUUUGAUCUUCUUUUCACUACUUGCGGCCCAAGCGCCGCCCCUGGAGGCCUUUGGGCUGGCCCGCGCCCUGGGGCUCACAGUGGUGUUUGCGCUGUGGAUGGUGUGGCGGUGCGGUCCCCUGCAGAGCGCAAACAAGGCGCUUGGUUGGCGCGGGCGCCUCGCUGCUUUCCUGGUGGUGGGGCAGUCGUCGUGGUUCUGGCGAUCGUUGAGACGCCUCGAUUGCGGCGUGUAACAGUGAGCGUUGUUUGCGCGGCCGGCUCCCGCCUCGGGGUCCCGGGGGCCUUCCAGUGUGACCGAACAAUGGAGAGCCCGGGCCUCGGCACAGUCGGUGGAGAAAAUGGGCCGGGCGGAGGCAGCAGCAGCGCGCGGUCCCUCCGGCCUGCGCCCCCACCCUCCCCGGGGACCCCGCAACCCCUCGGCGGUGGGGUAUGGCCACCUCUGUGAGGCCCUGAGAUUCAGACGGGGGCCCGAGGGGCGGGGCGCCCGCUUUAGGGACAUUUCAGUGGGAAGGGGCUGCUCUCAAAGUGGAUAAUUACAACUCCCUCGGGGGCGGGAAGCGGGGAUCCUCCCCCAGCCGCAAGUUCACGAAGAAAGCAACCAAUGAAAAUUAUGAAGACGACGAGAAGUCAGACUCCUCCGGGUCGCCCUCCAACUGUUUCGGCUUCGUCGCCUACUCCGUGAACUCCGGGGAGAAAUCUCGAGUCAAGAUUAAGACCUUAACCCACCAACCGGCCUGUUUCGACACCCCCCGGGCCGACCGCUGUCUGUCCCCUUCUCCAUCGCCCUCGCCCAGAAAGCUCCGGUGCUUGGACCAGCUCGAGUCUGAGAAAGAGGAGAGGCGCGAACGCCACUCCAAAAAGAGAAGGGCUAAGGAGGGCAACCCUAACAAUACGCUUGACUUUCUGUGGCUGGGAACACCUUCCACCAUGACCACCUCAGCAAGUUCCCACUUAAAUAAAGGCAUCAAGCAGGUGUACAUGUCCCUGCCUCAGGGUGAGAAAGUCCAGGCCAUGUAUAUCUGGAUCGAUGGUACUGGAGAAGGACUGCGCUGCAAGACCCGGACCCUGGACAGUGAGCCCAAGUGUGUGGAAGAGUUGCCUGAGUGGAAUUUUGAUGGCUCUAGUACUUUACAGUCUGAAGGUUCCAACAGUGACAUGUAUCUCGUGCCUGCUGCCAUGUUUCGGGACCCCUUCCGUAAGGACCCGAACAAGCUGGUGUUGUGUGAAGUUUUCAAGUACAAUCGAAGGCCUGCAGAGACCAAUUUGAGGCACACCUGUAAACGGAUAAUGGACAUGGUGAGCAACCAGCACCCCUGGUUUGGCAUGGAGCAGGAAUAUACCCUCAUGGGGACAGAUGGGCACCCCUUUGGUUGGCCUUCCAACGGCUUCCCGGGGCCCCAGGGUCCAUAUUACUGUGGUGUGGGAGCAGACAGAGCCUAUGGCAGGGACAUCGUGGAGGCCCAUUACCGGGCCUGCUUGUAUGCUGGAGUCAAGAUUGCGGGGACUAAUGCCGAGGUCAUGCCUGCCCAGUGGGAAUUUCAAAUUGGACCUUGUGAAGGAAUCAGCAUGGGAGAUCAUCUCUGGGUGGCCCGUUUCAUCUUGCAUCGUGUGUGUGAAGACUUUGGAGUGAUAGCAACCUUUGAUCCUAAGCCCAUUCCUGGGAACUGGAAUGGUGCAGGCUGCCAUACCAACUUCAGCACCAAGGCCAUGCGGGAGGAGAAUGGUCUGAAGUACAUCGAGGAGGCCAUUGAGAAACUAAGCAAGCGGCACCAGUACCACAUCCGCGCCUAUGAUCCCAAGGGAGGCCUGGACAAUGCCCGACGCCUAACUGGAUUCCAUGAAACCUCCAACAUCAACGACUUUUCUGCUGGUGUAGCCAAUCGUAGCGCCAGCAUACGCAUUCCCCGGACUGUUGGCCAGGAGAAGAAGGGUUACUUUGAAGACCGUCGCCCCUCUGCCAACUGUGACCCCUUUUCGGUGACAGAAGCCCUCAUCCGCACGUGUCUUCUCAAUGAAACCGGCGAUGAGCCCUUCCAGUACAAAAACUAAGUGGACUAGACCUCUAGCUGUCAAGCCCCUCCUAGUUCUUCAUCCCACUCCAACUCUUCCCCCUCUCCCAGUUGUCCCAAUUGUAACUCAAAGGGUGGAAUAUUAAGGUCGUUUUUCUCAUUCCUUGUGCCCAGUUAAUCUUGCUUUCUUUGUUUGGCUGGGAUAGAGAUGGGUCAAGUUAUUAAUUUCUUCACACCUACCCUCCUUUUUUUCCCUAUCACUGAAGCUUUUUAGUGCAUUAGUGGGGAAGAGGGUGGGGAAACAUAACCACUGCUUCCAUUUAAUGGGGUGCACCUGUCCAAUAGGCAUAGCUAUCUGGACAGAACAUGUUUGCAGGAGGGGGACUUUUCUUCGAGGUAGCUGAAAGGGGAAGACCUGACUUCCUCUGGUUAGGUUAGGACUUGCCCUUGUGGUGGAAACUUUUCUUAAGAAGUUAUAACCAACUUUUCUAUUAAAAGUGGGAAUUAGGAGAGAAGGUAGGGGUUGGGAAUCAGAGAGAAUGGCUUUGGUCUCUUGCUUGUGGGACUAGCCUGGCUUGGGACUAAAUGCCCUGCUCUGAACACGAAGCUCAGUAUAAACUGAUGGAUAUCCCUACCUUGAAAGAAGAAAAGGUUCAUGUUGCUUGGUCCUUGAUUUAUCACACAAAGCAGAAUAGUAUUUUUAUAUUUAAAUGUAAAGACAAAAAAUUAUAUGUAUGGUUUUGUGGAUUAUGUGUGUUUUGCUAAAGGAAAAAACCAUCCAGGUCACGGGGCACCAAAUUUGAGACGAAUAGUCCGGAUUAGAAACCAAGCAUCUCCUUUUGAGUAGGGAGCGAGGGAGGUGGUGCUUAGAAAGAUGGUGCUCUGGGGUUGGGUCCUCAUGACCACUUCUGGGUUUCUGCCCUGCCCACCCUCUGGAGAAGGUGGGCACUGGAUUAGUUAACACGUUUCUAGCAGUCAUUUGAUCUCUGUGGCUUUGGUUUAAAAGAUAGACACUUGUCCACGUGGGUUUAGAGAUAAGAGUUGGCUGGUCAACUUGAGCAUGUUACUGACAGAGGGGCUAUUGGGGUUAUUUUCUGGUAGGAACAGCAUGUCACUAAAGCAGGCCUUUUGAUAUUAAAUUUUUUAAAAAGCAAAAUUAUAGAAGUUUAGAUUUUAAUCAAAUUUAUAGGGUUUCUAGGUAAUUUUUACAGAAUUGCUUGUUUGCUUCAGCUGUCUCCUACCUCUGCUCUUGGAGGAGAUGGGGACAGGGCUGGAGUCAAAACACUUGUAAUUUUGUAUCCUGAUGUCUUUGUUAAGACUGCUGAGGAAUUAUUUUUUUUCUUUUAUAAUAAGAAAUAAACCCCACCUUUAUUCCUUCAUUUCAUCUACCGUUUUCUGGUUCUUAACGUUGGCUGUGGCAGGCCAGCUAUGGUUUUCUCUUGUCAUGACAACUUCUAAUUGCCAUGUACAGUAUGUUCAAAGUCAAAUAACUCCUCAUUGUAAACAAACUGUGUAACUGCCCAAAGCAGCACUUAUAAAUCAACCUAACAUAAGA